GAACACAAGACUAAACAUCUGCACACUAUCGUCUUCACCUGCUGAAUGAACUAACUCCGUGCUGAUUUCUGGCACGGGAGAUCUGCUGAAAAUAAGCAGCAGUGGAAAACACGGAGAAAAAUGGACUCGGGGACUGAUACCCCCAUAGCGGGGAAUGAAACAAAGCAAUGCUUGUUCAUCGAAGACGAUGCAGGGACUUUGUUCUCGCAAAUGAUCAUGAUAGCUGAGAUCAUUGUAGGCCUGUCGGGAAACAUACUAGCCUUGUGGAUUUUUAUUUUUCGCAUGAAGUUCUGGAAAGCCCACAUUAUCUUCCUCUUAAACAUGGUUCUAGCUGACUUCCUGGUCCUCAUCAGCGUGCCCUUUCGCAUCCACACCCAUAUUCGAGGGGACUACUGGGUGUUUGGUGAGGUCUGGUGCAACGCCAACCUCCUCAUGCUGGCGGUAAAUCGCUCUGCCAGUAUUGCAUUCAUGACAAUAGUUGCACUGGAUCGCUACUUCAAGGUGAUCCAUCCAUAUCACUGGAUCAGUCGAAUGACUUUGACUCAGGCUGGCUGGCUCUCAGCCCUGACGUGGGUUGCUGUGAUUGCAUUACGGAUUCCGCUGCUGACCACCAACCUCCUCCACAACGAUGGCAACGUCUCCCAGUGUCGCAGCUUCAACUACUACAGUGUGAUACCUGUGGGGGUAAAGAUACAUUACGUGGUCUUUUUUGUAGAGUUCUUCCUGCCCUGGGUCUUGCUGCUGUUCUCCUCAGCGCGGAUCGCCUGCUACCUGAACAGACAGAAAAAGGAGGCACAGAAGAGGGUUCGGAGGGCCAUUCGAGCAGUAGCAGUGAUCAGUAUGGUGUUCACCUUAUGCUUCAUGCCGAGUGUCAUCACAGGCGUGGUGGCGUUGUUCAUCAGGAACCUCUUUCCGACGAAAUGCGAGCUGUACAAUCGGGUCUCGCUGGUCUUCAGGGAGUGCAUCAACCUGACCUACCUCAACAGCGCUUUGGACCCCUUCAUCUACUUCUACUCUAGCUCCAUGUUCCGUAACAUUCUCAGGAGUUCCAACUGCUUCAAGAAGGAUGUCAACCAAGUCCAUAAAUGCUGAAACACAACAAAAGACAACAAAAUAUGAUACAUUUUUAAAUGGACAAACUGACUGCUCCGGAAAAAAACUGGCCUCUGUAUAAACAAGUGUAGAGUCCAUGAACUGUGUGAUGUUUGACAUGGACUCAAACCCUGUUUUUUUUUCAGAGCCAGAGCAGAAGCCUAAUUGUGGUACUGAGCAUCAAUCCAGGGAUGUUUGUCCUUUAGUAGAUCAUAUACUGACACAUACAGGAUAACAACUGCAUUAACUACAUUCUACAAGGCAAACAAAAUAGCUGACAUUGUCAUGGACUGGUAGCACCCUGGAUAAUGCUUUUAAACUGAAAUAACACCAGAGAGGUUUUAAAGUACAGAAAAAAAAACUAGGUUGUAUUCUGUCAGCUCACCAGUUUUCUACUAUAUUUGAGAUGACUCUGUGGUUGUUUUGUAAAAAAGUGUUUAUUAUUAAAGAUUUAGAACAAACUUCUCCAGCUGCUUAAAUGUUUGAAUUGUGUGUAUUGGUAUGCAGUACAUAGCCUGAUUGUGUAUGCCAGAGUGCCAGAGAUGUUGGAUUGAUGCAACAGUUAUCCUAAUAAAAUAUGAAAGCAAUAAAA